AUGUCAAGUAUUAUUAUUGUUUUUCUUUUGAUUCUUUACUACUUAAAAUUAUCAAUCAGCAUUACUAUUGCCAAUAAACAUUUUUCUCUUACAAAUCAUCGAUAUAUUUCAACAACAUCUUAUCCAUUAGUUCUUCAAAUUCCAUCACCACCAAGAGUUUUACAGACUACUACGAAACCUACCAUUCUUCAUUCGAAUCAUGAACAAUAUGGGAAUGCAGAUGAAAAUUCACAAACAAAACUUGAAGCAUUGAACGAUUUGAAAUAUAAGUCAUUAUUUGCUAUGAUUUUACCUAUACGUUCGAAGAUUAAACCUUCUACAUUUAACAUUGAUCAAUCACCUGUCUUUUUACUGAUUUCAUCAAUUGACUUGAGUUAG